AUGAAGAGUCACCCGUCAAAUCCGGAACCUAAUGACAUUUCACGCCAAAGUUCUAAAGAAAUGGAUAACGAAGUUAUAUCCUAUCCCUUUGGGGACAUUGAAAAUUAUGAACUUUGCUAUCGAAUUGGCCGUGGAAAGUAUAGCACAGUUUUCUCUGGAUUGACGAAUACAGGACAACAAUGUGUAUUAAAAGUACUCAAACCUGUUCGAGCUAGCAAAAUCAAUCGCGAAAUUCGCAUUCUCGAAAAACUAAAGGAAUCACCGAAUAUUUGCAAUCUCCUAGAUGUUGUAAAGGAUCAGGAAUCUCAGAUGGUUACACUAGUUCUUGAUUGGACAAACGAUGAUUUCCGUAAUAUCUAUCAAACACUAGAGAUGAACGAAAUUGCUUACUACAUGUAUAAAGUAUUACAGGCUCUUGAUUUCGCUCAUUCCCGUGGUAUUAUGCACCGUGAUAUCAAACCACAAAAUAUAAUGAUCGAUCAUUCCACGAAAAAGGUCUCUUUGAUCGACUGGGGCCUCGCUGAUUUUUAUGUUCCAGGUACUGCAUAUCAGGUCAGAGUUGCAACCAGAAAUUACAAGGCUCCGGAAUUAUUAUUCGGAUACACUCAAUACACCCCGACCGUUGAUAUUUGGGGACUCGGAUGCACAUUCGCAGCAAUGCUUACCAAGAAAUCUCCAUUAUUCAGAGGCAGAGAUAACUCUGAACUGAUUUUAAGAAUUGCAGAUUUUAUUGGAAGCGAAGAGAUCGAAAACUACCUUCAAAAGUACAAGAUAACCAUAUCAUCACACGAUAUUACGUCUAGAAUCUCUGGACACAAGCGUCGCGCGCACGAAUUUUUAAAGAAAGACGAUACAAAGAAUUUCAUUACUCCUGAAGCGGAAGAUUUGCUGAUGAAGAUGCUUACAGUCGACCACCAGGAAAGAAUUUCUGCAAAAGAUGCAAUGAUGCAUCCAUUCUUUGAUUGUGUUAGAGAUAUGUUCAAAUAA